CAUCCAGGUUUUAUUACCAUCACUACAGCCUGCUUGACACACUUAAAGUUGCGUGGCAGCUUGAACUCUGCUCGGACUACAGUACGUACAUUUACAGACUUCCUCUGUCAGAGCUCCACUCCUCAAGAAUGGCAUCAAAGUCCAAAGGGGCCUCUUCUACGUAGCCGCCACCGAACAUGAGGGGCCGUGCCGCAGAGAUGUUGGCAUGGGCGGCCACCCUGCUGACACUUUCCACGUGGAUACGAGCCGACAUUUCCCCAGGAGAGCGCACGUGCCCUACGGGUCCCCGCAGUCAGGUGGACUUCUCGGUCAAAUACACGGUGCCGCGUUUCCAAACAGAGCAUCCCAUACAGAACGUGGUGGCCAACCCACUCACUCCUGAGGUUUAUAUCGCCUCGCGGAACAUUGUAGAGGCGGUGAAUGACAAGCUGAGCAAAGUGUGGGAGGUGAAAACGGGGCCGAUUGGGAGUCCGGAGUGUCAAACCUGUCGCUUGUGUGACAUCCAAGUAGAUCCCAGCGAGCCGGUGGAUACGGAUAACGAGGUGCUGCUCUUGGAUGCGGCGGUGGCUAUCCUGCCCUACUUGUACGUAUGCGGCAGUACCCAACACGGCAUCUGUUUCUUCAUCGACGUUGAGCUCUUACCGCCAGAACCUCGGUGUUUAUACAAAAAAAAUAACAAUUCUCCCUCUUACUGUCCGGACUGUCUGGCCAGUCCGUUGGGCACCAAGGUCACUAUUGUAGAACAGGCGGCCACAUCGUACUUCUUCGUGGCGGCCUCUGUUAAUGACAAAGUGGUCCAGAAGUUCCCCCGUAGGUCGGUGUCUGUGGUGAGACCGCUCUCUACCGAAGAUGGAUUUCAAAUGGUGAUGGAAGGCCUGACGGUGCUGCCCCAUCUGAGGGACUCGUACGGCAUCGAUUACAUCUACAGCUUCUCCUCACGGGAGUUUGUGUAUUUCCUAUCCCUGCAGAGGGAGAACCCCUCCAAAGGCGAUUCGGCCUUUCAGACCCGACUAGGGCGGCUACCCGUGGAGACUCACGAGGUAUGGACGUACCGUGAGCUGGUUCUAGAGUGCAGAUAUGAGCCCAAGAGGCGGCGAAGGGAGCCGUACAGGGAUAUCGUAUACAAUGGACUCAUGGCGGCCCACUUUGGUCACGCGGGAAAGGAUCUGGCUCUGGAGCUUAGGGUGGACGAGACAGAGGACAUCCUCUAUGGUGUCUUUGCGCAGGUGAACCUGCAGGGAGAACCCCAAAAGAACUCAGCCCUGUGCGCCUUUUCUUUGAGCGACGUCAACAGCAAGAUUGACACAGGCGUGGAGGACUGCUGCAAAUCCGGACCAGAACAAUUAUCCAGAGGACUGUGUCACUUUCAGACGUGUGAGAACUGCCCGCAUGAGUCGGGCAACGCCACAUGCACAGACAGACCCACGCUGGUUUCCAAACCAUACUACCGAAUAGACCUCUUCAACCGUAAGAUGAGGGAUGUCCUCUUUACGUCCAUCCUGGUUACCAUCAGUGGGAAACAAACUCUUGGGCACUUUGGGACUUCAGAUGGAAGAAUCCUCCAGGUCAUUCUUACAAUUGACACGCCUUUUGUUUUUGCCAACUAUUCACUUGGAGAGAUGCCAAUAUCUAGGACAGCAACUGUCGUCAAUGAUGACUCGUUUCUUUUUGUGGCUGAAAAUCAGUUGUUCAGGGUGCCGAUCAUUGGACCAGGCUGCACGCAUUUCGUGACGUGCUCUAUGUGUUUGAUGUCUCCGCGCUUCAUGAACUGCGGCUGGUGCUCGGGAAUGUGCUCGAGGCAAGAUGAGUGCGCCUCGCUGUGGAAUAAGCAUUCUUGUGCGCCAGUCAUAACAGAGUUUUUCCCCAAAACGGCACCGGCUGGUGGGGAGACUGAGCUGACGCUUUGCGGGAGAGAGUUUCAAUCUCCUCAGAGACCGCCCAUCAACAACGGUGUCACCCACACAGUCACCGUGGGCUCAGGGACCUUGUGCGCUGUCCAGCCUGACAAAAGCAGGAGCCAAGUGCUCGUAUGCAAGCUGAAGGAAAAAGUGUCAAACCACAAUCUGACAAUAACUCUGGAAGUGCACGAGGGGAAGUCGAGGGGCGCGUACUCCAUCGAAGGCACCUCUCGGGUGUCUGGCUUCUCUGUUGUGGAGCCAAGCAUAAUUCAAAUCAGACCCGAGCAUGGCCCUGUUUUUGGCGGUACGCUUGUCACACUGACAGGCCGAAACCUUGAUUCCGGUAUGCGGAGGGAAGCUUUCAUCGCAGACAAAAUGUGUCACAUUCAAGAUGUUCCUCUGGAAGAGAGCGGGACAUUGUCUUCAAUUGUGUGCCUCACAGCGGCUGCCACAAAUAUUGGCCACGUUCCUGUCAAAGUAGUCAUCGACAACUUUGAGGUCACUACCGCUAAGAAGUUUAUCUACAAGAAAAACCCUGUUGUGACGUCGGUGUAUCCUCGUUGCAGUUUCAGCAGUGGCUCCAAGUUAGUGAUUACGGGUCAGAAUCUUGACUCUGCACACAAAACUGUGCUUCAGUACACUUCCAAAAACUCCCCUUUGGAACCCCACAAACUGGAAUGUAACGGUACAGGGAACGCUACCCACAUGACGUGCCAGGCUCCCACUUUUCCGUUCGAUGUGUCGGAAGACACAUCAGACACAGGGGAGCUUUCCAUUCACAUGGACGGCAUGGAAAUGUGGAGGAGACGCUUCAACUACCACCCCGACGCCGAAGUCAUCCCGUUUGAACACGAAGACAACGUAUUGGUCCUCACACCGGGACAGACCGAAGUUUCGCUGCACCACGACAAACUGAACGUGGUGGACCAGUGCAUGAAGAUCACCAUGGCAAUCGGGGACAUGGACUGUAACGUCCAGGUUCUGAUGAAUGAGCUGACCUGCAGGAUUCCUAAGACCCAAGUGAUCCCCAUCGAGGGAUUGCCUGUCAGAGUCUCAGUGAACGGCGAACCCCACAACGUGGGCACUGUCCGCUAUGAGGACGACAAUGCCGAUUCGGUCAUCGCGGCCAUCGUGCUGGGUGUAAUCUUCGCCUUGGUGGCGGGUGCCGGAAUCACACUCGUUAUGAUUCAUCUGAGAAAAAAGAAGCGAGCUAUCAUCGAGAAUCGUUUAAGCACCAGGGUUUCCAUAAGCCGGAUGGGCAGCCACGGGGAAAUGUCCCCGACAGGCGACUACAGGCAGGUGGAUUCCAACCAAACGUCCGGGGGUGGAAUGGCCUUUCAAGGUCCGCUGUACGCCGCCAGCUAUGACCACCUCGCUGUUCCGCUGAUUCCGCGAUCCAGCGUCUCAAUGAUCAGCCUCAGCUCCGACCUGCUGGACGAGGUCAAGGAUGUCCUUAUCCCUGCUGAGAUGCUCAGGAUCGAAGAUAGCCAAAGCAUUGGCAAAGGUCACUUUGGAACUGUGUAUCAUGGCUAUCUGAAGGACAGCAAUAAUCAAGAGAUCCAUUGUGCUGUUAAAUCACUAAAUCGAAUCACCGAUCUAAAGGAAGUGGAUCAAUUUCUCAGAGAGGGAAUCAUCAUGAAGGGCUUUCACCAUCCCAACAUUCUGUCUCUGCUUGGCAUCACGUUACCCAAAGAAGGGCUCCCCCUGGUGGUGCUGCCGUACAUGAAACAUGGCGACGUUCGGCAUUUUAUUCGCUCCCCACAGAGGAAUCCAACCGUUAAAGACCUCAUAGGCUUUGGACUGCAGGUUGCCAAGGGGAUGCAGUAUUUAGCGCAGAAGAAAUUUGUGCACAGAGACCUGGCUGCACGGAACUGCAUGCUGGAUGAGACCUUCACCGUCAAGGUGGCAGACUUCGGCAUGGCGCGUGACAUUUACGACAAGGAGUACUACAGUAUUCAAGACUGCAAGACGGCAAAGUUACCGGUCAAGUGGAUGGCCAUCGAGAGCUUGCAGACACAGAAGUUCACCACCAAAUCGGAUGUGUGGUCCUAUGGCGUGUUGAUGUGGGAGCUGCUGACCAGAGGAGCUAGUCCAUACCCAGAAGUGGACCCCUAUGACAUCACACACUAUUUACUAAGGGGCCGCCGGCUACCUCAGCCCCAGUAUUGCCCUAAUGCUCUUUAUUCCAUCAUGCUGGCAUGUUGGGACCCGGAGCCCGAAUGUAGGCCCACGUUCCACAGCUUGGUCGGGGACGUGCAGCACAUCCUGUCCUGUCUCACGGGAGAGCACUACAUCAACCUGAAGGUCAACUAUGUCAACUUAGACCAGGCCAGGGCUUACCCCCCACUGACUGCAUCUGCCGACGAGGCCGAGGGCUCGGAGUCGGAUACGAGCGGUCAAGAUGGCAGCUAAGGACCUUUAAAACUGAUAAGAACACACAAUACAGCGCUCCGGGAUUACAAAGAGACUUAUCGGGAGUUUGUUUAUUUAUCAUGUGUUAUCGAGAUUAAAAGACACUGUAUGUGCUAAGGACUUAGACUGGAUUUACACUGUAUGAUUUAAAUUAGUAGUUAAAAUAAUGGCCUCCUCUCAAUUUGACUUAACCUUUGACCUUUUAUUCUUUUAUGACCUUUUAUUCUUCUGUAUGAAUGACAAUUUUACCUUCUGCCGUCCAGUGGAAGAGCAUUGAAUUAUUCUGCCUGUCAUUACAAAAAAAACAUAGAUUUAAAUCAAAUUGGAAUAAGCCUCUUAGACAUGCAGUAUAAAUCCAGCAAAUGAUUUGUGAGACUGUGAAAGUUCCACAUCCUGUUACAACAAAGGGUCUUGAGACAAAAUAGAGCUUGAAA